AUGGGUCUCCUUGUCAAAGGUAGUCCAUUAGAUUGGCCUGAUGCUUUAGAAUGGCUCCAACACGUUCGUAUCCAAGGUAUCGACCAGUUUCUUCACACUUAUAACCGUGUAAAAAACAUUGAAGGGGACGAACUCAAAUGGGGUGAUGAGCUCGAAUACGGCGUUUUCCAAAUGGAUAAUACGUCAAAACGUGCCCGUCUCGCUCUCCGUGGCAAUGAGCUUUUGCAGCAAUUGCAAGCGAAGGAAAACGAGUCGAAGGAUCAUGGUCGUGACGUUGUAAGCUCUACAGCUGCAGCGGGGGUUGGGGUGGACGGCUGCAAUUGGGUUCCAGAAUAUGGUUCUUGGAUGAUUGAAGGCACCCCCAGUGCCCCUUACGGAGGCUUUACCAGUGAUCUACGCAAGGUUGAAGCUAAUAUGAGGCUUCGUCGUGCGAGACUAUUGGCGUUGUUACAUGAAGAUGAAAUUGCACCGUCUGUAACGGCUUUUCCAAUGAUGGGCGUUGGUGACUGUACAGUGCCAUCAAGUCAACCUCAUGGAAAUGUGGCUCAAUCUGAUUAUAUCAGUGAUGACGUGAUCAAUCCCCAUCCACGGUUUGCAACGUUGACGAGAAAUAUUCGUCAACGUCGAACGAAAAAAGUAGAUAUUCGUGUCCCGAUUUUCCGGGAUGUGAAUACUGAAAAAAAACUGGAGGAGGAACAAGCAGAAGUUUCGUGGAAUGCAGAAAAAUCCCGACCAAAAUAUGAAUCGAAGAGGGACAUGCUGUCGGUGGUGAAUGGUUUAUCGUCUGGCUCAGAUCUGACGUCACCCAGCUCGACGUCAAACUCGGAGGAUAAUGUCGAGUCCAAGUCACUUCCGUCACCAAGUUCUGCAGAUAAAAGUCUGGACAAUGAGUCGAAGCAAUCAGUUGGCAAGCUGAACUUGGACCACAAGGCUGAGCCGUACCCCGGUUUUAUUCAUAUGGACGCCAUGGCCUUUGGCAUGGGCAUGUGCUGUCUGCAGGUGACCUUCCAGGCCAAGAACGUGGGCGAGUCGAGGCACUUGUACGACCAUUUGGGAGUUCUUUCACCUAUCAUGCUGGCACUGACGGCGGCUACGCCCAUCUUGAAGGGGCAACUGGCUGACACGGAUGUGCGCUGGGCUACGAUAUCUGCUGCGGUAGAUGACCGGACACCUCAGGAGCUGAGAGAGGCUCCGCCUCCAACAGAUUCGGAGACCAAGGCAAAAUAUGCUAAGAUGGCAGGCAACGGUGUCAAGUGUCUGCCCAAGUCUCGAUACGAAGGUAUUUCGACGUUCAUCUGCAACCACAAGCAAGGUGAGGAUCCGCACACGUUGACAGACAAAUACAACGACGUCGAGGUGCCGUACGAUGAGGAGUCAUACAAGACUCUAAUCGACGCUGGUGUGGACCGCCUCCUCGCGCUCCACAUCUCGCACCUGUUCAUCCGUGAUCCGUUAGUCAUCUACAAGCAACGCUUGCACCUGGACAAUGAGUGUGAGACGGACCACUUUGAGAAUAUCCAAUCGACGAACUGGCAGACCGUGCGCUGGAAACCUCCUCCACCAGCUCCGUCAAGCGAUGAGGGGCCUCACAUUGGUUGGCGCACCGAGUUCCGUUCUAUGGAAAUUCAGCUCACCGAUUUUGAGAACGCCGCCUUUACAGUGUUCAUUGCUCUGGUGUCGCGCGUCAUCCUCGCGUUUGACCUGAAUUUGUACACCCCGCUGUCCAAGGUGAAUGACAACAUGGAGGCUGCCCACCGUGUGAACGCUGUAUUGGACGAGAAAUUCCACUUUCGUUGCCACAUGGCUCCACCUGAAGUCGAUGACUGUCCGUCAAACAGUCCGUGUACUUUGCACGAAGACCCCGACGCGUGUGAGCUGAUGACGAUUGCUGAGAUCAUGUUGGGGAAGGGUUCGUACUUUCCGGGUCUCAUACCUCUUGUCUACGCUUACCUGGACUACAUCGAGUGCGAUGAGUCCACAUUGACGCUUGUAAAGAAAUACAUGUGCCUUAUUGCGAAGCGAGCAACAGGCGAGUUGCCAACGGCGGCCACGUGGAUGCGUCACUAUGUGCGUGCGCACCCAGACUACCGUCAUGACUCUGUAGUGCCUCACUCUACAGCAUUUGACCUCCUCAACGAGUGCCAGCAAAUUGGUGAGGGGUUGAAGCAGUGCCCAGAGCUGCUGGGAGAGAUUAAAAUCGCUCCUGUGCGUGGUCAAGCGGCGUAUCGUGUGCCGCUGAAGAGCAGUGGAGUUGCUACCGAAAAGCGCCAGGCGCUGCUCCAGCGAUACCUCGGUCGUACUCCCUCGAAUGCGUGCCAUACAUGCAGCUAA